GCUAGAGGAGAGAUGUGUGAGCUCCAGGAUGGAACUUUACUACGUCUUUUUUGUGGAGAUUCGGUAACUAGGAAACAUUGAGGGUCUGCUAAUCUUGUCUACACAAGACUAUUAUCUUGUCUGACAGAUCAGAUGAAGUUUUUAAAUGGGGGUAAGGGGGAUUCUUUGGGUACUAACAACCUGGUUUUAAUCUUCAGAUCAGGACAAACAUAUUGACAGCAGCACCAUGAGAGCUUUGCUGAUUCUGCUUUACAUGGUUCUGCUCACAUCAAAGGGUACGGCUCUUCAAUGUUACACGUGUAUGGCAUCCAAUAAUGAAGACUGCAACCGCCAAGGCUCCAGAACAUGUACCAGCUACUCUGAUGCCUGUGCUGUGGUGGUGGGUCAUAACAGUGGGGUGAUGAAGUCCUGCUCCUACAAGUCCUUCUGCAGCCAGGCUAACAGUCAGAGCUCCAGAAGACCCGGGGCGAUGUUUGAAAUGAAAGUGAGAGUGGAAGUCAGUUGGCGUGCCAUUGCAUCAUCACCCUGCAGUCAUUUGAUGAGCUAUUUUGGAAUGUGCUGAGAAAGUCAUUAGCCCAAAUGCAAAUCCACGUAAGUCUUUAACCUGUAACGAGGUGUGUUGCACGGAUGUGGCUUUUACACUUUGCUCAUUAAAGCUAUCAGUGAGCGAGAUACUGGUAAAUACAGUAUGUAAAGUAGAUUCAUGCAUCCACUGCCUUCAUCAACAUUAAUAUUAAUAUGAACUAUUGUUAAUGUAAUCUGAAACUACAAAAAAAAUACUUAAAGCACUACUGUCUCAUGUUGACAAAACAACAGAUGCAAGUCCUCACAAUACUGUACCUGUCUGUAUAUAUUGUACUGAAAUGAAUUUACAUUAUACCAUCACUCACUCGAACAGUGGGUUGAUGCUGCUGAAUGAAUUUGUCAUACUUGUCAUUCAUAAAUCAAUGUAAAUGCAAGUAAUUUUUGUAAGUGCUGCUGUGUACAUUCUGCCUGUGUUUACAAUA